AUGGGCAUCGUACGACAGUUUCUUGUACUCUUCGUGGGAUGCGUUAGUUUGGCGGGCUAUAAUUAUUACCGCAGCCUCACUGUACCAUUGCCGAUUCCAGAGUUUACAGUUGAUCAAUAUUGGGGUCCGGGAGAUGGAUCAAAGUACCGGGAAGACACCACCAUCCGAUCUUUUACCAUCUUGUACAAUUCAACGGUGAUUGACAAACUGCAUAAGAAGCUGACCGAUCUUCCGCACAUCACGGCUCCGCUGGAAGGUGCCGGAGCUUUUGAAUACGGUUUCAACGGCCAUCGAUUGAGGGAAGUGUUGCACUAUUGGCGUACCGUAUACCUGCCCAAGUGGACUACCGAAAGAGAACCGUAUUUAAAUCAAUUUCCUCAGUUCAUAACACAAAUACAAGGAUUAGACAUCCACUACAUCCACGUGCGGCCAGACUUUGGGGCAAGUGGUGGGUUGAAGAAAACGGUAGUUCCACUGCUGCUUUUACACGGUUGGCCUGGAUCGGUGCGGGAAUUUUAUGACAUCAUUCCGCGACUCAUUGCGCCCUCGCAAGAUCGGGAUUUUGUGUUCGAAGUGAUCGUACCGAGCCUACCGGGCUUUGGAUGGUCACAAGGAAGCGCCAAAGUUGGUUUGGGUCCGAGAAAGAUGGCGAUAAUUAUGAGGAAUCUCAUGGCACGCAUCGGUCACGAGCGGUACUACGUCCACGGGGGUGACUGGGGUACGCUCAUAGGGGAUCUUAUGGGCACGUUCUUCCCAGAAAGCGUAAUUGGUGUACACCUAUCUGGGUGCGGUGUAGCAGGUACACUGGCCACCUGGAAAACGUUGAUCGCCAGUCUUGCCCCGUCGUUCUUCGUAGCGGAGCCUCGACACAUUCCGUACUACUUCCCCCUCACAGCCUACUUUAAAGACGCCAUCCUCGAAGGUGGUUACGCGCACCUGCAAGCCACCAAACCGGACACUAUCGGUGCGGCACUUGUCGGAGCACCAGUCGGAUUGGCGGCUUACAUACUGGAAAAGUUCUCCACCCAAACAAACCGAGCAUUUCGCUCGCUUCCCGACGGUGGACUCGAACGGGCCUUCACGAUGGACGCGCUGUUGGAUAACGUGAUGGUUUACUAUCUGACCGACUCCAUUGCCACCUCGCAGCGGCUGUACGCGGAGGCGUUCAGUGUGCGCGAAAUGUUUUCCGGUGAGCUGGGCAAAAUCCCCAACCGGGUGCCGGCGGCGUGUGCCAAGUUUCGACACGACGUUCUGCACACGAUCGAUUGGGCGUUGAAGGAUCAUUUCGUGAAUCUAGUGCAGAGUAAUCACUUUGAUGAAGGGGGACACUUUUCGGUCAUGGAGUUGCCCGAGGUAGUGUACGGAGAUUUAGUGACGUUUGCUACUAAAGUCAGCAGUAUUUCAAGGGAAGGAUAA